CAGGGAGGUUGAUCCAUCAACAAAGGAGCCGGACUGGAUGACUUCGGGAUCCAGUGUAGGGGUUUGGUUGUCGCCCUGCGCCUGCGCUAGGGCCAGGGGAACGAGGAAGAGGAGCCACCGGAUUGACAUUGCGUUAGAAUGGCAUAGAGAAGCAAAGUAAAUGCCUUGCAGAAGUCAAUGGGAGAGACUGGUGGGACUUUGAGUCAGAAGAGAGAGAGAGAUACGCGCAGCGUGCUGGGCCCUGAGCGUCCCGUCCGUUCAAGGGCCAGAAAUGCAGAAGAAAAGAGAACGACUCAGGGACGGUCCAACUUGAGGUUGCUACGGGCGCCAAAGAAAGAGAGAGGAUAUAAGAGACGACAUGGGGAUAUGCCUCUACGGCAAUGUCAGAACAAGACUGAAUCACAGUUUCUUGCGACUGCGGCCGAGCGUGGAUCCGUGACAGAGGAAGGACGCAGAAGAGGUCGGCGGCCAAGAGCGCCCCGGAGAUCAGACGAGCUCCGAGGUAGAGAAUUUUGGUGGAAGCCAUUCGGCGGCCUAGGUAGUUUCCAUGUCAUCCUGCGGGGGUUCGUCUUGGUCUUCAGUCCGGAAAUGGCGGCCUGGAAUCGCCUCAGUGCUGUGCCGACCACACGGGCCGGGACAGAAGACGGCCAAUUCCCAAGGCCUGGAGCAAUUCGUCUGCACAUAACCCCGGCUGUGGAAAAUGUCGGUGAUCGCACGAAGACAAGCAGGGCGAGGCCAGGCCGGUGGAAAGCAGGCCAACGGCGAGCAACAGCAGCGCACCAAGUAGAUGCCGUGUGCUUGGUCUCUUGAACCAACGGUUAGACCCGGGCCAGGAUAUUAAGAUGACACCGCCACCCCGAGAUCCCAUCCGCCGCUGCCGAGGAGCCCGAAAGCCGACCCAGCUAACCCGGUCGGUGUUUUGAGGUGUGCUCCCUUCAUCCCUAAAAAAUAUCGGAACCGGAAG